AUAUCCGAAAAGACCAAGCCCUGGCCACCAGCGCCCGCAAGGGGUGAGAAGUGUGGCGUUGUGUCCGGCUGCGGCUACCCAUGAUCACCGUGCGUGCUUGCCCAGGCAUCUGAAGCAGCAGCGUCCAACGGGCGACGCAUCUCUAUGGCCAUGACCACCACCUCCUCCCGACUCACCACCGCUUACUCCUUCCUCUCCUCCACGCCAUGCUCGCCCACCAGCAUGGCGGUGCAUCCGCGGCGGCGGAGACCCGGCGCGCGGUACCCACGUAUCCAGGCCAUCGAGUUCGACCAGAACACGGUUGUGGCCAUAACUGUCGGCGUCGUCAGCGUCGCCGCCGGGAUAGGAAUCCCGAUUUUCUACGAGAAUCAAAUCGACAAUUCCGCAAAGAGAGACAACAACCAGCCGUGCUUCCCCUGCAGCGGCUCGGGCGCGCAGGUAUGCAGGUUUUGCACCGGAGCGGGGACGGUUACUGUAGUAAUUGGCAAUGGUGAAUCUGAAGUAUCAAAGUGUGUCAACUGCGAUGGCAUUGGAUCAUUGACAUGCACCACAUGCCAAGGUAGUGGCAUUCAGCCACGCUAUCUUGAUCGCAGGGAGUUCAAGGAUGAUGAUGACUGAAGAUCUUGUCAUUACUGGCUAACGACGGUAAGAUGAGGAAUCUGAUCUAAGGAUGAUGCUGCAUUCAUGGUGACGAUGUGUCCAUCAUGGAUGAUCUGAUUGUUUUGUGUUGUAUUAUAUUUUCUCUCUUUUUUGGUAAAUAUGUAUGGAUGUACAUGCACACUCUUUCUAUGUCUGAAAAUGACCAUCCUUGUGAGUGGGCAAAGAUGAUAAAUUUUUGUUGGACAUUUUCAA